UAGCAGCAGCAGCCGCCGCCGGAGCAGCUGGGGCCGCCCCCCCCUCCACCACCACCGCUGCAGCGGCAGUAGCAGCGAGGAGGAGGAGCCGUCGGGACUGUGUCUGUGUACUUGGGAGGAGGAGGAAGAGAAGGAAGGGUGUUUCCCAAGGGCUGUUCCCAGUCCGAGUGACUCAAAGCAGGAAAUUCCCCAGGACCGGCCAGCCCGAGCUGGGGAGCGCGGGGUCCCGGGAGCAAGCCCCUCCGCCCUGCCCGGGGGCUAGGGACGCCUUGCUGGGGAGUAGCAGCUGGGCAGAGGCGCCUCCCCCACCGCCCGGAUCAAGAUGACUGCCCAGGUGACUCUGGAAGAUGCUCUGUCCAAUGUGGACCUCCUCGAGGAAUUGCCGCUGCCAGACCAGCAGCCGUGUAUUGAGCCCCCACCGUCCUCUUUGCUCUAUCAGCCAAACUUCAACACUAACUUUGAAGACAGAAAUGCAUUUGUCACAGGCAUUGCAAGAUACAUCGAACAAGCAACAGUUCAUUCUAGCAUGAAUGAGAUGUUGGAGGAAGGUCAAGAAUAUGCUGUCAUGCUGUACACAUGGAGAAGCUGCUCCAGGGCCAUUCCUCAGGUUAAAUGCAACGAACAACCGAACAGAGUGGAGAUUUAUGAGAAGACUGUGGAGGUGCUAGAACCAGAAGUCACCAAACUGAUGAAUUUUAUGUACUUUCAGAGAAAUGCUAUUGAACGUUUCUGUGGGGAGGUGAGACGGUUGUGCCAUGCAGAAAGGAGGAAGGACUUUGUAUCUGAGGCAUAUUUAAUCACCCUGGGCAAGUUCAUCAACAUGUUUGCUGUUCUGGAUGAAUUGAAAAAUAUGAAGUGCAGCGUGAAGAAUGAUCACUCGGCGUAUAAACGAGCCGCUCAGUUUUUGCGUAAAAUGGCCGACCCACAGUCCAUCCAGGAGUCCCAGAACCUCUCCAUGUUCUUGGCAAACCACAACAAGAUUACUCAAUCUCUACAGCAACAGCUCGAGGUGAUUGCCGGUUACGAAGAGCUCCUCGCAGACAUUGUAAAUUUGUGCGUGGACUACUAUGAGAAUAAAAUGUACUUGACACCCAGUGAGAAACACAUGCUUCUCAAAGUGAUGGGAUUUGGACUGUACCUGAUGGAUGGAAGCGUCAGUAAUAUCUAUAAGUUAGAUGCCAAGAAAAGAAUAAAUUUAACUAAAAUAGACAAGUUCUUUAAGCAACUUCAGGUGGUUCCACUGUUCGGUGACAUGCAGAUUGAAUUGGCACGAUACAUUAAGACCAGUGCCCACUAUGAGGAAAACAAGUCUCGAUGGACGUGCACAUCUUCGAGUAGUAGCCCCCAGUACAACAUCUGUGAGCAGAUGAUCCAGAUAAGGGAAGACCACAUGCGUUUCAUCUCAGAGCUGGCUCGCUACAGUAAUAAUGAGGUAGUGACUGGAUCUGGCCGACAGGAAGCCCAGAAAACAGAUGGCGAGUAUCGCAAGCUCUUUGAUCUCUCUCUCCAAGGAUUACAGCUGUUGUCUCAGUGGAGUGCGCAUGUCAUGGAAGUGUAUUCAUGGAAACUCGUGCACCCGACUGACAAGUACUCCAACAAGGACUGCCCUGACAAUGCGGAGGAGUAUGAGCGAGCCACACGGUAUAACUACACCAGUGAGGAGAAGUUUGCUUUGGUGGAGGUGAUUGCUAUGAUCAAAGGCUUACAGGUGCUGAUGGGGAGGAUGGAAAGUGUGUUCAAUCAUGCCAUUCGUCAUACCAUUUACGCAGCCCUUCAGGACUUCUCCCAGGUUACACUCAGGGAGCCUCUGAGACAGGCCAUCAAAAAGAAGAAAAAUGUCAUUCAGAGUGUUCUACAGGCUAUCAGGAAAACAGUGUGUGAUUGGGAAGCAGGACAUGAGCCAUUCAAUGAUCCUGCUCUAAGAGGAGAGAAGGACCCAAAGACUGGCUUUGACAUUAAAGUUCCAAGACGGGCAGUGGGACCAUCCAGUACUCAGCUUUACAUGGUGAGAACCAUGCUAGAGUCCCUCAUUGCAGACAAAAGUGGUUCCAAGAAAACUUUGAGAAGUAGCCUUGAGGGGCCCACCAUAUUGGACAUAGAAAAAUUUCAUCGAGAGUCAUUCUUCUACACUCAUUUGAUAAAUUUCAGUGAAACCCUUCAGCAGUGCUGUGACCUCUCCCAGUUAUGGUUCCGAGAGUUUUUCUUGGAAUUGACCAUGGGCAGGAGGAUCCAGUUCCCGAUUGAGAUGUCCAUGCCAUGGAUCCUGACAGAUCACAUCCUUGAGACCAAGGAAGCAUCCAUGAUGGAGUAUGUUCUUUAUUCCUUGGACCUGUAUAAUGACAGUGCUCAUUAUGCUUUGACCAAAUUCAAAAAGCAGUUUCUCUAUGAUGAAAUUGAGGCAGAGGUGAAUUUGUGUUUUGACCAAUUUGUCUACAAAUUAGCAGACCAGAUAUUUGCCUAUUACAAAGUUAUGGCAGGAAGUUUGCUUCUCGAUAAACGGUUACGGUCAGAAUGCAAGAAUCAAGGAGCAACGAUUCACUUGCCACCAUCAAACCGCUAUGAGACACUACUAAAGCAGAGACAUGUACAGCUUCUUGGUAGGUCAAUAGACCUCAAUCGUCUAAUUACCCAGCGUAUUUCGGCCGCUGUGUAUAAAUCGAUGGAGCUGGCAAUUGGGAGGUUUGAAAGUGAGGACCUGACCUCAAUAGUUGAGCUGGAUGGUCUUGUAGAAAUAAACCGAAUGACCCACAAGCUACUAAGCAAGUACAUGACCUUGGACAGCUUUGAUGCGAUGUUCCGAGAGGCCAAUCAUAAUGUAUCAGCACCAUAUGGAAGAAUCACUCUUCAUGUCUUUUGGGAACUCAACUAUGACUUUCUUCCAAACUACUGUUACAAUGGGUCUACCAACAGAUUUGUUCGGACAGUGUUACCGUUUUCUCAGGAAUUUCAAAGAGAUAAGCAGCCUAACGCACAGCCGCAGUAUCUUCAUGGAUCCAAGGCUUUGAACUUGGCCUACUCCAGCAUUUAUAGCAACUAUAGAAACUUUGUGGGUCCUCCACAUUUUAAAGUCAUCUGCAGACUUCUUGGCUAUCAGGGCAUUGCUGUGGUAAUGGAAGAGUUACUGAAGGUCGUCAAGAGCCUGUUGCAAGGUACCAUUCUUCAGUAUGUGAAGACAUUGAUGGAAGUGAUGCCAAAGAUAUGUCGAUUGCCCAGACAUGAGUAUGGCUCUCCAGGAAUCCUGGAGUUUUUCCACCAUCAGCUGAAGGACAUUGUUGAAUAUGCAGAACUGAAGACGGUCUGUUUCCAGAACCUAAGGGAAGUGGGAAAUGCUGUUCUCUUUUGUCUCCUCAUAGAGCAGAGUUUGUCCUUAGAAGAGGUGUGUGAUUUGCUGCAUGCUGCUCCAUUCCAGAAUAUCUUGCCAAGGGUUCAUGUCAAAGAAGGUGAAAGACUUGAUGCAAAAAUGAAAAGAUUAGAAUCAAAAUAUGCUCCAUUGCAUCUUGUUCCUUUAAUUGAGAGACUGGGGACACCUCAGCAAAUUGCAAUAGCAAGAGAAGGAGAUUUGCUGACCAAGGAACGUCUCUGCUGUGGUUUAUCUAUGUUUGAAGUGAUCCUGACCCGGAUUCGGACAUUCCUAGAUGAUCCCAUCUGGCGUGGACCUCUCCCAAGCAAUGGGGUCAUGCAUGUAGAUGAAUGUGUGGAAUUCCACAGGCUUUGGAGUGCCAUGCAAUUUGUGUACUGUAUUCCUGUAGGAACACAUGAAUUCACUGUAGAACAGUGCUUUGGAGAUGGGCUCCACUGGGCUGGAUGCAUGAUUAUUGUGCUUCUAGGACAACAGCGUCGUUUUGAUGUACUGGACUUCUGCUACCAUCUGCUUAAAGUACAAAAACAUGAUGGCAAAGAUGAAGUGAUAAAGAAUGUGCCUUUGAAGAAGAUGGUUGAGAGAAUCCGAAAGUUCCAGAUCUUAAAUGAUGAAAUAAUUACUAUCUUGGACAAGUACUUGAAAUCUGGUGAUGGAGAAAGCACUCCUGUGGAACAUGUGCGCUGCUUCCAACCCCCCAUCCACCAAUCUCUGGCCAGCACCUGAGGGAUGUACAGCUUGUCAAAUCUUUAGCGUGGUUCCAGUAAAUCACAGUAGCAUGCUUUCUUUUCCCUCCUUAAAAUAGCUAGAGUUUAGGAAAUAUUUUUCAGUAUUUUUUUUUGUGCUUGUUAAAACGGUGGUGCUCUUUUGAUUUCAAUCUAAAAGCUUAAUUUUAUACAAUCUAUACUUAUUUUUCUAGACUAAAAUUUUAUAUGCUUUUGGAAAUUAAGAUGUCUGAGAAAAGUAAUGGCUGCUUAUUGUUAUUGCCAUAAUCUUGGGAAGUUCUUCAGCUGAUACUCCCAGCAGCUAAUACAUAGGAAGCUGUUGAGUUAAUUUAUUUAUCAGUUGUCAGUGUUCAAGAAAAGUGGAAAGAAUAGUGGACUUGGGUGAAAAACACUUUAUAUACCAGCUAAUUGUAAUAAAAUUGUCUAUGUAUUAGAAUAAAACUACAUGCUCAAUUAUUUUUUAGCGUUAUUAAGAUCUUCUGGUGGCGUUUUAUGAAUGCAUUCUUUAGUUGUUGCUUUUUCUUGCCACGGGUGUUACUGCCUUAUUUCUCCCUCCCCAAUAGAACUGUCAAAAUAUAGUAUGUGAGAGAUAUGAUUUAAAGUUAUGGAAAUAAAACUAGUGAAUCUUGA